AUGCAGAGCACCAGAGACCCCUGCACUGGCAUAACUCUGACCCGCAGGCUCGUGGCCGUGCUGCUGCCCGGGCAGGGGGCUUCCUUCCUGCAGCUGCCAAGCCGCAGCUGUCAGAGGGGCACCAGCUCGCCCAAACGCAGGGCAUCUCCCCAGGCUGACCCUCCCUGGUGCCGACGCAUCCGCUGGUGCCACGUCGCGGACCCCUGUGAGCAAGGGCAGGCUGCCCGCAUCCCCAGCCAGCUGUGCCGCACGCCGGGUGCCAGGGAGGAGCCAGCACGGGUGGACGUUAACCUGGGGUGGAGCAGAAGGCUCCCCAGCAACGGUGGCUCCCAGCAGCACCCACCCCUGCCCACCAUGAGCGGGCUCCGUGUCAGCUACCAGCUCCUGUCCGACCAGGAGGAGGAACUGCCCGUAGGAAGCGAAGAGCUGGAUGGGGAGGAGCAGCCAGGCUGGGAGGGAGCCCCAGCAGAGCCCCCAGCCCUGGAGGAAGCAGGCAGGCUGGUGCUGAGCACGGCAAGCAGCAUCCUGCAGGACAGAGAGCUCCAGGAGCUGAGCCCCCACCUGCCCCCCCGGCUGACGAAGCAGCCCUGGCAGCUGCUGCACUGCAGCGGGCGGGACGGCUGCAGCCUGCGGACCCUGUACCAGAGAGGGGGGCGCCCGGGGUCCCCCUCACUGCUGCUCGUCAGAGACACCGAGCUGCAGGCCUUCGGUGCUUUCUCCACCAGCAGCAUUCGCUACAGCGAAGGCUUCUACGGGACCGGGGAGACCUUCCUCUUCUCCUUCUCCCCGGAGCUGAAGGUGUUCAAGUGGACUGGCAGGAACAACUUCUUCCUGAAAGGGGACAUGGACCUGUUGAUGAUUGGGGCGGGCAGCGGCAGGUUUGGGCUGUGGCUGGAUGGAGACCUUCAGCGUGGGGGCAGCCUCCCCUGCGAGACCUUCGACAACGAGACGCUGUCCGCCCGGGACCUGUUCCACGUCCGGAGCCUGGAGCUGUGGGGGCUGCCCUAA